AUGCGCCAACGGGAAAGGAAUGUACAUUGUGAGACUCCGAAGCCUAUAGCAUGUGAAAAUAACUAUCCUCCAAUCAAAGUGUAUGACGAAUCUGGAUGCUGUUUCCACUAUGAGUGUCAAUGUAUCUGCUAUGGUUGGGGAGACCCUCACUAUGUCACCUUUGAUGGAACAUACUAUGGCUUCCAAGGAAAUUGUUCUUAUGUCUUGGUCAAAGAAAUCCUGCCAAAGUACAACUUCAGUGUUGUAAUCGACAAUUACUAUUGUGAUGCCCCAGAUGCCCCAGAUGGACUUUCCUGUCCUCAGUCUCUGACAAUUUAUUAUCAAUCUUACGAGAUAUUCAUGACCAAGAAGGACGUUGAUGGAGUUUUCACAAGUCUGAUUUAUGUAAACCAGCAACGCAUCAUCCCAGCAUAUGAGACCAAGGACUUCCGCAUCACAGACAACGGAAUUGAGACUCUUUUAGUCAUACCAGCAAUUAAUGCCAAGGUGUCUUUCACUGGUCUUAUGUUUAGCAUAUACCUGCCCUGGGACAAGUUCAGUGGCAAUACUGAGGGACAGUGUGGUACAUGUGACAACAACCGGACAGAUGACUGCCGCUUGCCAAAUGGGACUAUCGAUUCAUCUUGUCCAGACAUGGCACACCAAUGGCAUGUUGCUGACCACAAUAACAUGUGGAUGCGCAAACCCAUCUACAUAUCAUUGAGUGUCAUCCUACUGAAUGUGACACUCACUGCCAGCAGGGCUAUGAUCAUCAAGCCGUUCCUGGGCAGUGUUGUGGGAAGUGUGUACAGACAAGCUCCUGGUUCCGUCUGGAUACCAUCUGGAGACAAGUGUCUCAAGUAUGAGUGCGUAAAGAUUAUGGACCAACUCAUCCCAAUCGAGGCUAAGACUGUGUGCCCUGACUUCUACCCAGAAGACUGCGUACCCGGAACUGAAGUCAUUGCUCCAGAUGGUUGCUGCCGUGUCUGUAUUCCAAUAACUAAGCCAUGCAACGUGACAAAGAGCAAAGUGUACGUGGACAGCAAUGGCUGCAAGUCUGCAAACAAGGUGGAAGUGACAACAUGCGGUGGAUCCUGUGUCACCUAUGUCAUGUAUUCUCUUGAGGCCAACAUGAUGGAGCGCUCUUGUACCUGCUGUCGGGAAGAAUCCACCACCAAGAAGGAAGUAGAGAUGAUCUGCCCAGACGGGUCAAAGUUCAACCAUUCCUACAUCGACAUCAAUAAAUGUGGCUGCCAGAGGACAGAGUGCGUGACCCCGGAGGCGACCCAGGUCACAAGGUCACGACGCAGGAGAAGAUGA